AUGAUCAUUACUGACCUGCAACCAGUGUCAAUUGUCAAAGACAAAGGAUUUGUAAACUUUAUGAGACUUCUUGAUUUCAAAUACACAGCACCAAGUCGUCGCACUCUGAUGCGUAACCAUUUGCCUCAAUUGUAUGCCUUGAAACAUGAAUUGUUAAUGCAGGAACUUGAAUCAGUUGAUCAUUGCUGCCUCACUACAGAUAUGUGGACAUCGAGAGCUACACAAUGGUACCUAACAGUGACUUGCACCUACAUCAAUGAAGAAAUGGAAUUGAAAAUAUUACUGGAAAAGUGGAAUAUAACAUCAAAAGUACACUGGGUAAUUACAGAUAGUGGUGCAAAUAUAAAAUGGGCAGUGAGGCUAAGUUGUUGGAACCAUUUAGCAUGCUUUGCUCACUUGCUUAACUUGGUUGUGACAGAUGCCAUUAAAGAUAAUGAUGAGCUGACUUUCUUGAUUCAACAAGUCAAGGCAACUGUUACAUACUUCCAUAAGAGCUCAAAGGCAUCUGACAAUCUUGUUGUGAAUCAAAACAGAUUAAAUCUCCCAAAUCAUAAAUUAAUCCAACAAGUUGAAACAAGGUGGAACUCUGUUUACUACAUGUUAAAUCGUUACAUUGAACAAAAAGAAGCUGUCAAAACCACCCUGUGCUUGUUGGACAAAAGUGAUUCAAUCAUACCUAGUGAGAAGACAGCUUUGAUGAAAGAUGCUAUAUCCACACUUAUGCCAUUUGAAGCUUUGACUACUGAAAUGAGUGCUGAAAAGAAUGUCACUGGCUCUAAAGUCAUCCCAUUAUCAAGGGGUCUGCAACAAGUUACUACUACUAGUACAAGUGUCUUGGGUGUCAAUCUCAAUAAUCAAAUGGGAAAUCGUUUUCCAUUAUGA